AUGACCGACUCGAUCCCCUCCAAGAUGCGCGCCGCCGUCAUCAAGGACUUUAAAAAGGGCUACGAGAUCAAGGACGUCGACGUGCCCACCGACCUCGGCCCCAACGACAUCCUCGUCAAGAUCCAGGCCGCCGGCUACUGCCACACCGACCUCCAAGUCAUGGAGGGCGUCUACGCCUCCCAGGGCGGCAAGCCGGGCCUUGUCGGCUCCCACGAGCCCGCCGGCGUCGUCGUAAAGGCCGGCGCAAAGGCCGGCGACAGCAACAUCAAGGUCGGCGACCGCGUCGGCUCCAUCAACACCUACGGCUUCUGCGGCCGCUGCGACAGCUGCAAGGUGGGCAAGCAGCUCUGCGACAAGAUGCCCGGCAUGCUCGGCCUCAGCCUGCCCGGUGGCUUCGCCGAGUACAUGAAGGCCGACGCCCGCGUCGUGUCCAAGAUCCCCGAGAGCAUCCCCUGGGCCGAGGCGGCGCCCCUCUUCUGCGCCGGCUCCACCGUCUACGGCGCGCUUCUCGCCGUCAAGCCGCGAAAGGGCCAGUGGAUCGUCAUGCUCGGCGUCGGCGGGCUCGGUCACCUCGGCGUCCAGUACGCCAAGGCCAUGGGCGCCAAGGUCAUCGCCAUUGACAACCGCAAGGAGGCCAUCGACCUGUGCAACGAGCUGCCCUCGAACCUGCGCCCGGACAAGACCUACGUCCUCGACUCGGACGAAGCCAGCAAAAAGGUGCAGGACGAGCUGGCCGGCGCCUUUUACGACACCAACCCGGGCGUCGACGCCGUCGUCAUCAACGCCGAGGAGCCGACGCUCAUCAAGUGGAGCCAGCAGAUCCUGCGCAAGGGCGGCAUCCUCUGCGACGUCGGACUGCCCGCCGACGCGCCGUUUGAGAUCGACCCAUUCGCGCUCAACUUCAAGGAGCAGAGCGUCGUCGGCUCGCUCAUCUCGACGCCAGAGCAGUGCCAGGACAUGAUCAAGCUGCACGCCGACAACGGCUGCAGGACCCACAUCGAAAAGACCUACAGCGUCGACCAGGCCAACGACAUGGCCGAGCACUACCUCAGCAAGAAGCUCAUGGGCCGCCUCUGUAUGGUCUUUGACGAGGCCAAGUAG